AUGCAUCUAAGCCUAUCACGACAUUGCCCCCAUGGGGGAACCGUACCGCCACGUAGGAUUUCCAUUCUUUAUCUCUUAGGAGCUGCUCUCUUAGUGUUCGGGGGGAAUGGCGGUCCCACUCCGUAUUCUGGGCGCCCAGCACCACACCUACUUUACACUAGCUUUGCGAUGUUCAAAAGCCGACGUGGAGAAAAACCCCGGAUAGAGGAGAAUCCACCUGCACCACUCCACCCACCCAACCUCGCAGGAACGGGCAUUGGCGGGCGAACUCCGGAAGAUUUCAUGCUCCUUACUCUAGACAUGGGCUUGGUAGGUGGGCCGAGUUACAUUGGCAACGCUCACAACCGCCUUGGCAAGGCUAAGUACUGCGUACAAUCCAAGCGCUGUGGUUACCGCUACUCUUUAAUCUGUGCGGCCGAACAAAUUCCGCGAGUCGAUCUAGAAGCUGACCCUCCUCCCACGUGUUUGCUGGCCACUGACAGUGAAUGUUGUUUAGUGGAGUUGAGAGUGCUUAGUGGCAAAAAAGUGCCCUUGCUUAUGGCCGGAGAGUGUUGCUUUUGCGUGAUUAAGGCGCAGAGCACAGUUGACGUCGGUGUAGGGACAAUUUCUCGCGCCCUAGCUGUCCAUGCGGCAUCAAUCAAGCAAUGCCAAACCUCAAACCCGCUAAGUCCAAGUCUUGACUUGUGGGCGCAGCGGAGGCAGCCCUUCGACUGGUGGCACUUUUGCGCCACUGGCACCCAUGCUUCUAGAUUCCGGCCACCGGGUGUUUCAUCGCGUGUUGACGUUUCGCUCUAG